UUAUUUUUCAGCAUGUAAAUAUACAAAAUAUUAUUUUAUUUAGAAUUAAUAAAUAUAAAAAUUAUAUGACAGUUAAAGAUGAUGAUAGCUAGCAAUUGAUUGUAGCCUUAUAGGUGUCGAUUGGGAUUAUGUUAGGAGUACGGUGAUGAUGGAUGGUCUAGUAUAAUGGUGAUUUGUUGUAAUAGGUUUCUAAAAAAAUACUCAAACGCUAAUUAUUACUUUAAAAUGCUGUUGGAAUUUAUUGGUAAAACAUAAUAAAUUUUUUCCUGGAUUUAAAAAAUUUAACCAAAUGGAAAAAAAUAAUUAAUAUUAUUUUAAUUUGAGGGGUAACUAUUUUAGAAUUUUGUAGCAAAAAAAUGCACAUUCUGGAAAAAAAAAAAUCUGAUGUAUCCUUGACUUUCAGAAAAAUGACAAAAUAGGUGAAAAUUGUUAAGAAGAAGUGGUAAAGUGAAGGAAGUGAGGAAGAUGAGGAGCAAACCAGCCGCUAUUUUCAUGGCUUUCGGUACUAAAGGCGAUAUCUACCCUCUUGCCCGUUUGCUUGUGAUCAAGAGCAGUAUCAAGUGUUUUUUAUCACUCAUUCAGCUCAUGAGAACUUGAUGGUGCACUUGAGAGCAAAUAAAGUUAUGUAUAUACCAGUUUCAUCGCCACCUGUUGUUUCCCCUCUUGAACAUUAUGUCAAGUACUGCAUGUUGAUCAGGUAAGAUGGAGUUAUCUUUUUCUGCCCACAAAAGGGAAAUUAUCCAGAAACAUAGGUAUGAGUGUACUUCGAUUAUUGAGGAUAUCCUUGGAGAUAGCUCAGUGGAAGGCGAUGUUAUUGCUAUUAAUUUCUUCGCUCUGGAAGGUUGGAGUCUUGCUGAGCUUUUUCAGGUCCGUUGCAUUGUGGUUGCUCCUUAUGUUGUUCCCUAUAGUGCUCCAUCAUCAUUUGAGCGGCAAUUUAGGAAAGAGCAUCCAGGUUUAUAUAACCAUCUCCAGGAAGCUCCCACGGACAAGGUUGGCUGGAAAGAUGUCAUCCAUUGGAUGUGGCCACUUUUCACUGAGGAGUGGGGAUCGUGGAGAAGUCUCGACCUGAAUCUGAGUGCCCUUCCUUUUACGGACCCUGUAACUGGACUUCCAACAUUUCAUGAGAGGCUUCCGUCUCCUCUACUAUUGUAUGGAUUUAGCAAAGAAGUUGUUGAAUACCCUGGUUAUUGGCCAUCAAAAGUGCAUGUUUGUGGCUUUUGGUUUCCUCCCAAGGAAUGGCAGUUUUCUUGCAUUGACUGUGCAGAAAUCUCUGCAUCGGUUUCUCCAGGGAGUUCAAAUAAGCAAAACAAAUUGUGUUCUAUCCACCUCAGCUUGCAGUUUUUCAUUGAAUUUCCUGCUGCAGAGCUGCCUGUUUUCAUAGGUCUGAGUUCAAUUGGAAGCAUGGGUUUCUUGAGGAACCCACAUGCAUUCCUUCGGGUGCUUAGAACUGCAUUAGACAUAUCAGAUAGCAGAUUUAUUUUAUUCUCAGCUGGCUAUGAACCUUUAGAAGCAGUAAUUGAGUCUUAUGCCAAGGAAGCAUCCUCUUGUCCGGAACAAACACAACGGAGUAAUGGAGGAGUUUCUUUUUUUGGAGGCCGGCUCUUUUGUUUCUCUGGUUCCGUCCCAUACAAUUGGUUGUUUCCAAGGUGUGCUGCUGCAAUUCAUCAUGGUGGAAGUGGAUCCACCGCUGCUGCUUUACUGGCUGGUGUUCCUCAGGUGAUAUGUCCGUUUAUGCUGGAUCAAUUUUACUGGGCGGAGAGGAUGUAUUGGCUCGGUGUUGCCCCUGAGCCAUUGAAAAGAGAACACUUGGUGCCCGAUAAAGAUGAGGAUUUCUACAUCAAGAAAGCUGCAAACAUGCUUGUGAGGGCCCUGGACUAUUCGCAGUCUUCUGAAGUCAAAACCCGUGCUUUGCAGAUCUCUAAUAAAUUAUCUACUGAGGAUGGAGUGUCGGAAGCAGUUCAUCUCAUUAAGGAAGAGCUUAGAAGAAGUUGUCGAUGAUACAUAUACUUGUUCUCAUCUUUUCUUGUCCUUAUGGGUAGAGGAUAAUAUUAGUACUGGAUUAUUUUUGUUCCUUUGAAACAAAUUUAACGGCAUUUCAUCUGGGUUUUCUCUUUUCUUUCAAUUAUUUGCAAACGCCCUUUUGCUUGGAUAAUUGAACUUCAGUAUCAUAUUGAUCUGCAAUUUUUUGCUU